CUUAUUAAAUAGAUAAACAUUAAUUAAUGGCGCCUGCUAUGUCCAGUAAACGCAGAUCUAUGGCUGUUUGCAUGGCCUGCUUCUCGGCCAUACUUUUAGUAGUAGGAUGUGUUGCCAUCUUUUCCUUCCCUUUUGUCGUGGAGAGGGCGUACAAUAAGGAAGCAUCCCUGGUGAAUGGGUCAGCUGUAUUUGAUAUGUGGGUCAGCCCGAGCAAUGACACGCCCCUCUACAUGAACUAUUAUCUGUUCAACAUCACCAACCCAGAUGACGUAAUACUCAAGGGAGCCAAGCCCAUUCUCAACCAGACUGGGGUUAUUGUAUACAAGCAGAUACAGAACAAGUACAACGUGUCGUUCGGCAAUGACUCUGCAGUUGUGUCAUAUCUGAAUAACCAUACCUACAUAUACGACCCAGAGAAGUCCCAGCUCAAAGAAGAGGACCUCAUCACCACCGCCAACUUCUUUUUCUGGACGGUUUUAAAUUCAAUUCAAGACAACGAAUUAAUCAUGUUAAUGCUGACCCCAGCAUUGAACAUCAAGUUUGAAGACGAGAAAACUCGAAACGCAGUUUCCCCCUUCUAUACGACCACUGUGCGCAACAUACUGUGGGGAAGUGACGGAAAUGAGUUCCUGGAAGUGCUGAAAAGUAUAGUUGAUGUUCCUACCCACGUUGGAUUACAGAUCAACGGAUCCAACGACGGAAAUCACAGCAUCUCUACUGGACUUAAGUCGGACAAUGAAGAUCGAGGAGAGCACACUGCGUGGAACGGGAACACCACCCUCUCUUACUGGAACACACUCGACUGUAACAUGAUCAACGGAACAGAUGGCACCAUUUUCCCCACAUUCAUGCAAAACACUCCUCGACUGUACAUCUUCAGUCCGAAUCUGUGCCGAAGUGCAUUUAUGACGAAAGAAGCGGACGAGGAGCUUGAAGGUGUGAGCACUCUGAAGUACAAUGUACCGAAGGAGGUGUUCAAUGUCAGUUUUGAGGAGAACAAAGGGUUCUGCACUGAAGAUGGACCCUGUACUAAUGGACUUCUCGAUGCUUCUGCCUGCUAUACCGACCAAGUGCUGUCUAUUUUUCCUCCGGAUGCGCUCGUGCCUCUAAAACUCAGCGUGAUCAUUUCGAGUCCGCACUUCCUAUACGCUGACAACAGUACAAUCCACUCAGUGCGAGGUUUAAAUCCAGUUCAGACUGAACACGAAACCUAUAUAAAUGUACACAUGGACACAGGCGUCGUGGUCAAAGCAGCGAAAAGACUCCAAUUCAAUACGAUUCUGAGUCAGAAUAAAGCUACUGAUAAGUUGGACUGCCUGAAGAAUUUGACUAAACAUUGGAGUCAGCUGAUGCCAAUUUUUUGGGCCGAAGAGGUGCUUCUUGCGGACGAAGACAUCCUGGACAAAGUGAAGAGUGAGUUCAUGAUGCCCCAGACUGUGGUCUCGUAUGCAAGCUACUCGGCCAUAGCUAUCGGCAUCUUUCUCCUCCUUGUCUCUCUCUCCAUCUUCAUAUGCUGUCCCAAACCACUCCAGCAUCUGUUUGUUGACCUGGAUACUGACAAUCCGAUCGGCGGAGAACGAGAUAUUCUGAUUGGCAGAUCGUCCAGUGUGAAAUCAGGUCAGAGCCAACCAGAAGACACUGGAUCCGAGUCGUGAGUGCUAACCAACAUCACAAAACGACACUGCAUUGAUAAACUUAUCGGAUUAUAUCGAUUCCAUCGAAGCUAUACAUGGCCUGAUGAUUUGAGUGGUUCAUUCAUAUCAAAGUUUAUAUUUACUACAAAAGUAAACCACGAAAAGUUUUUUGAAAAUAUACCAUAAACAGAGCUAAGAGGUGUCUAAUUCUCAAAUAUUCAUUCUUUUGCUGAUUAAGGUUAUUCGUAUUCUUUGUGAGUGCUCUUAUUAUCAAUUUCAAACAUCUAGGUCUCAAAGAUCUUAAUUUUGUAAAGAGAAAAUUUUGCAGAUAUUAGUUUUAUCCUGGUCGUUUUCGCUCGAUAUUUUAACGAAUGAAAGGUCAUCUCAGAAAGUUUCUUCGUACAAUACUUGUUUAGAGAAUUUUGUAAACUUAAGAGCUCAAGUUUUGAGUACAACAUGAGUUCAUGUUUUGUUUGAUGCAGUUGGAGUCUUGUAGAUAGAUUAGUUAUUUAAAGGCAAUCACUUCACUUCAUUCAAAUUGAAUAAGAAAAUGACUUGACAUAGUUUUUCUCUGGAACGACAGCGACGCUCAAAUGUUGCAGAAGUGAGUGAAGUGCUUAUUUUAAAAGCUGUUUUCGCUUUGUAGAUUUCAAUUAGUAAAAAAAACCUAUUUUAAUCUGUAGUAUAAACUUUUGUCCUAAUUCCUUCAAUAGAUAAUAUCUUGAUAAUCAAAUAAAAAUUAUCCAGUGAUGA